AUGCACAGCGAUUUGCCGUAUCACUUGAUACAGGAAUUCUCGAAGAAUGUCAGCCAUCCCAAAGAUCUUCCGCCAGACAAUCUGCACGUUUUGAUUGAUGUUGGAGGAUCUAUGGUCCUCGUUGCUGGCCUGAUCGUAAAACUGUUCAUGGACCUCAAAAAUAAUUAUUUUGGGUGGUACGACCAGCUGACUGAUGUCGAGACGGCUGGAAAGGAGAUCCCGGUCCCUGGGUUGUUUGGAAAGGAUAAGCUAAAAGUCGAGUACUACCGGCCGAUGGACAUCACACUGGCGGUCCACGUGCACAAUAUCAGGGCCCACGCGUUGCUCCAUACCCAGAAUAUUGACGUUCGGAGAAGCUCGUACGAUGGAGAUGCAAAAGACGUCUGCCCGAUUAUAUUCGUCGAACAAUUAGCAGUGGAGAUGAAGAAAACGAUGAGGGAGACGAUGGUUCAGGUUGGCGUCGGCAGCGGCGUCGGGUAUUUUAGUCGUAGCCAGACGGCGGAACAUGACGGUUUUAUCGAUCUGUCCGGUCUGCAAUUCAGAGGUCACGCCAUGUUCUCACCAAAAGAUGUUCCCUGGGAUAUGUACGUCAAUGAAUACGCCUGGCUGAUGGAAUUGAUCGUUGGUGACGUACGCGCACGAGUUCAGCCAGCUCACCUACUCCAACUAUCCCAAUUCAUCGACGCAUUUCUGCUCACGUGCGUGUCACUUGACGAACAUGUGCGCCUGCCCGAUCGCUUCAACAUCUGCCAGCAUGGUGCGCAUCCGGAACGAUGUAAGCACAAAGAGUUGGCCCGGCCCUGCCCUUCUGAAGAAGUUCUCAAGUACAAAAGCUUCCGGAUAUCGAUGGACUCGCUCAAGCUCGAGAUAUUUGAACAUCGCACUUUGCUGAACAUCGAAGUGGACCCCCUUCGCGUCUCAAUAUGCAAUGCUCACGGCGGUGUCUACAAGGAGACACUUUUGAUACGAAUCCCAAUGGUCCGCAUCCAACAACUCGUCCAAGCCGAUGAUGAUGCUCAUCUUUGGAUAGAAGCCUCCAAGGCCGCCAUUGAGGACAUCUCCUUUGACAUCGUUCUGCCGAAAUCAGCAGAGGAGCAAGAGCAGCAUCGUCAGGAGAUGGACGACCGGACACAGCCGGAAGAGCAAAAAGACGCCUUUUUGCCCCCAGGAAUCACCCAUGAAAUCUUUGAAAUCAAGGGCAGAGCCGGGAACACGGCUCAAAUCUUCAUCACCCCGCUGGCUUUGGAGGCGCUGGACAAGAUUCUGUCUCACAAGGACCCGGAGAAGGACGCGGCGGUGGCCACUCGGUUGUGGGAGAAUGUGCUCGAUUUGUUGUCCGGGAUCCAAAGCAGGCAGAAGAUCUUCCCACUGCCAAAUGUCCCGAAUGGGCAGACUUUGGCCGGUGGCAGCGUGAGAUUUGAGGCGGGCGCGAUCAGCCUGGCUUGUAUGCACGGCGAGAUGAAUGCUCACAGUUGGGCCCUCUUCCACAUCAAGCAACCGCUCAUCCUCUUCAGCCCGGAGGCCUCUUUUGCUUAUGUUGACGAAUCGGCAAAUCAGGUCGGUAUCUCGCUGCGGCAACGGUUUGUAAUUCGACUCGGCGGCGAGCCAGGCACCUCAAAAGCCGACAGUUUGGCCAGGGUUUGCCGGGUUCAGAGUCCUUACGACGAGGUUCGACAGAAUGCAACGAUCGAGGCGUGUCUACGGUAUCUGAUCAGCGACGUUCUGCACAACGUUGAAAAUGGAAGCACGGCCCGUGGGAGUCAAAAAGUCUUGGAGCUCUUCCAAUUUCCGGCGCUCGAAGCCGUGAUGACCACCAUUCAGAUGAGCCCCUGCACUGACAACGACGCCCUGAAUGCCAUUAUGUUUGUGCCAAAGGUUCGAUCUCGCUUCACUUGCGCCUUCCAAAAUGCCGUCUCCGUGCAAACCGAUUUCAACGCUCAAGUGACGUUUCUGCCCGAAUUGUGGAAUAGCUACCAGAGCAAUCUGAAGGAGAACUCACCGAAGAAGGGCAACUCUUCCAAGCCGCAAGCCACAACAUCCACUAGCACCAUGGAGUCCAAGAAAGACCCGCGUAUUUUCGAAUGUGAGCUGUGGCAGUGUGACCCGAAGAUGCGCUUCAUCGACCGUUUCCGCUGGGAUCCACCUCUAAUUGAUGAAGUGCUGAAGAAGCUACAGAUCUUCAACCAUCGCACCACAAUCCCGAAGGCCAUCCAGAAGGCCGUGCUCGACCCGUUGGACGUCCUGCUGGCCGUGCUGCUGCGGGAGAUGCUCAGCGUUGUAUCAAAGCAA